UAUCAUGGGGUGCUAUCAAGUAAAUGGUCAUUGAUGUAUUCAUUGGUUCAAACUAACUUGUUCAGACUCCAUUGCAACAGCAGUGACAAUUCACGUGACCAAAAAUGUUUCAGUGGUCGAAUUGACUUCCGCUGGUAAUCUAUACAGUAAUAUGUGGCAAUAUGUUUACGUGGCAACAAGCAAAACCAAGAUAUUAUCUUGUAAACAAAAAGCUUCUUUAUUGAUGUGUGAAAUGAACUUUGUCAGACGUUUAUCUAGUGCAUCGUUUGUAUGAUUAACUAGUAAAUUAUGCACGCUAAAUAAACUACAUAUUUCCCUUCAAAUGCUUUGAAAUGCUAAGCCGUCAAAAAAUAGCUUCGGAAACUACCUUUAUGAAGAUCUCUGCUAAUAGGUUUUAAUAUGCUAUUCGUGCUAAAACACUAAACAUAAAGAACUUUACUACCUUAGUUUGGGGGAAAAAGAUUUGAUAAAGAUCAUCAACACUGUGAUUUGACGGAUGGACAAGCAAGAGCAUGACUCCAAGUGCUGCAAAAUAUCUCGAAGAUUUGUGGCAUUUUUUUGCGUUAUUUUCCCAAUAUUGUGCGUGCUGUAUAACUGGAGUAAUUUCCAUGGCAAAUUUAGAGAUCAAACGUCCAUUGAACCAUCGCAAAUGGCAAUUGAGACACCAACAGUUCAAACCAAAGCGACAGGGAACGCUACAAACAGCAAACAACACACUUUACAAACAUUGCCAGCAACAAGUCGAAGCACAAAGGCUUCCAUUCCAACAACAAGAGCUCAAAAAUCCAGAGCUGAACCAACAAUUUUAAAGAAAGACGUUGCGAUUUUCGUUGCGAUAAUAAGCGCUCCACGUUGGUCGACACGAAGAGAUGCAAUACGAAGUAGCUGGUUCAAGAAAUGCAGUGAAAAUGGCGUUCCGUGUUUCUUCUUCACUGAUUCUCAAGAUAUGCAAGGAAAGGUCCUAACGUCAGCAUUCCUGGAGCCAUUGCAACAGGAGCAAUCACUUCAUGGAGAUUUGAUCUUGACACAAAGUCCAGGAGGUAUAAAUUUUGCACUCCGAUAUCUCUGGAUUUUGGGUUGGGCAAAUGAGCGCUAUAGUUUCCAAUAUUUCUUGCGCAUCGAUGAUGACUAUUUUGUGUGUAUGGAUAGACUUGUGCGUGAAUUGCAAUAUCGACCACGUGACAAGCUGUUUUGGGGCUACGUGCAUUGCGAACCACCAGGUGGCAUCCGAGUUGACGAAGGAUUUGUCAUCGUGAGCAAUGAUCUUGCGCAAUAUUUUCUGCGUGAACAAAACAAAACCCUCAUGUGCCAUCCAUACGAAGAUCAAGCGUUGGCAAUGUGGAUAAAUAAUAUCCCAGAGGUAACAUACUUUGGUGACUCAAGGAUACACAAUGACGUCAUUUCAACGCGCCACUUUCUCAAAUUCAAUGACAUUUGUGCAAAAUACAUAGCGUUGCACGGUGCACUUCCAACAAAAAUGAAGUUGUUCUGGGAGCACUACCGUAACGCAGCAAAGAAUAAACUCUACAUGACACCUCCGAUAACAUUUCCAUGCAGCGACAAGGACGAUAGAGCAUUGAACUAUGGAAGCUUUUUAGGUAAAUAUAGAGCCAUCCCGAGACCAUGUCGAAAAAAUCCAAUUUGGGUCAUUGGUGGACUCGACCGAGCAACAGUUGAUGGUUCAAAUUCAAGAAAAAGAACUUUGUUCAAGAUUGGGAACCAAAAUAACCAUUCGCCAGGAUCAUUUAAUGACGUAAAAAGCAGAGAAAUUCUUACGUUGUUUGUUGCAAUUAUGAGUGCACCACGAAGGAUCGAAAGGAGGAACGCGGUGAGAACAACAUGGUUGAAACAAUGUCGAUUAAAUGGGAUUCCUUGCUUAUUUUUCACAGAUGCGCAGGAUAUGUAUGGCAAAUUGUUACCAGCAAAAAUCCGCGUAAUGUUGGAGCAGGAGAACGGACUUCAUGGAGAUUUGAUCUUGGCACAAAGUCCAGGAGGUAUAAACUUUGCACGGCGUUAUCUGUGGAUGCUUAACUGGGCAAGCACAAGAUACAAGUUUGACUACUUUCUACGAGUUGACGAUGAUUAUUUCAUUUGUAUGGAUAGACUUUUACGUGAAUUACCAUUUCGUCAAAAGAGGAAACUGUAUUGGGGUUACAUGCAUUGUAAUUCUCCUCCAGGUGCCGUGAGAAUAGAUGAAGGAUUUGUCAUCGUCAGUAAUGAUCUAGCCCAGCAGUUCCUCCGUGAGCAAUAUACGUCGUUAAUGUGCCAUCCCUUUGGUACGCAGGCGAUAGUCAUGUGGAUCAACAGUAUCCCAGGGGUGACAUACUUCGGAGACUCUAGGGUACACCAUGCAGUGGUAUCAACGCAGAUCAGUGUCUUUAGAUGUCUACUCAUCCAUGGACGAUCAUUCUUAUAUACCUCGAGGGAACGUUGGAGCACUAGUCGUCGCGCGAGAUCGCGACAAACACUGCACAGGAAUCAAGUUUCAAGGAAUGUAUUCACAUACGUCGCGCUUGUAUUACUACAAAAAAAUGAAACAUGUUUCUGCGUGACCUAUGGUUAUAUAUUGGCACAAUUUUCUCUUCAGAAUAUGCGAAGUUAUGUGAAAAAAGCAGUGGGAAUAAAAGUGAAGCAGCAUCGUUGGGAUGAAAACAACCAUAGUUUUGAGAAAUAAUGAAGAAGAAGCAAUCAAGAUGGUUUAUUUGGUUUAUUUUUGUUAUUUUAACAAUUUUCUAUAUUCUACUGAAUGAACAAAAUACUGCCUUAAAAAAAAGAAGCAUCACGCUUUCGCCUAGCAUUUUCUUCGAAGAAAAAGUGAAAAGUCGUAUUAAGAAGAAGGUAAUUAUUUUCGUUGGUAUCAUGAGUGCACCACAGAGAAAAGAGCGUAGGAA